AUGGCCCCCAAAACAGUUUUGAUCACUGGCUGCAGUGAGGGUGGUAUUGGAGAUGCUCUUGCAAAAUCCUUUCAUCGCCAAGGUCUUCGAGUUUUUGCUACAGCUCGAAAUCUUGCUAAAAUCGAACAUCUUAAGAAGUUAGGACUUGAGACUCUUUCACUAGAUGUCACAGAUUCAACAUCUAUCAAGGAGGCUGUUGAUGCAGUAGCAUCAAAAUCUGGAGGGAAAUUGGAUUUCCUUGUGAACAAUUCCGGUGCUGGUUACGCCAUGCCACUUCUAGAUUCUGAAGUAUCAGUUGCUCAAAGGAUGUUCGACAUCAAUGUCUUCGCUCUCGUAGCAGUGACACAGGCAUUCUCGCCACUUCUUAUUUCCUCCAAAGGGACAGUUAUUAACAUCGGCUCAAUCGCUGGCGUUAGCCCUGGAUAUUGGCAAGGAUAUUACAAUGCAAGUAAAGCAGCAGUAAACUUAAUUACUGAUCAGCUUCGUCUUGAACUCGAACCUCUCGGUGUUAAAGCCAUUCUUGUAAUGACUGGUGUGGUAAAAACCAACUUUUUCGACAAUCAACCAUCGGUCAAAUUACCAGAUAACUCGCCAUAUGCCCCGGCGAGAGAUAUAGUUGAAUCGGCUGCGGCAGGACAUGCCGUAUUGAGCAAUGCAGUGGAUGUCGAUGUUUAUGCCAAUAAAGUAGUGAAGAACGCUUUGAAAAAGCAUCCACAGACACAUCAAUGGGCUGGUGGAGAUGCUUGGGUGGUUUGGUUCGUCUCGACCUUCUUGUGGCAUACUAUUUGGGAUUUGUUGCUACCCUCACGAUGGAGUAUACCAGAAUUGAAGAAGAAACUUCUGGCGACAAAAACAGGGUAG